AUGAAGGCUUUUCCAGUUUCGCUGCUUGCGCCAACCUUCUUCGCUCUCGUGGCCGCCCAACAAACAUUCGACCCUUUAAGCAUCAUUGUUUCUGAGGCCUAUUCUGUCUUUACAGAAGUCAAUUCACUUCUGUCCUCUGCCGCUUCGGCCGUUUCAGCGGCAGCCGAGUCUGCAACGGCAAGCUCCUCGACGGUUGGGGAUUCGUCGACCUCCAGUGCACAAUAUACUGGAACAUCAUAUGCCUCAACGUCAAGCGAUGAUUCAAUUUUUUUGAUUCCGCCUUCGAUUUCAUUUGCACCGUCGACCUCGUCUUUGAUCUCUUCAACCUCAUCGCCCUCUUUGGCCUUGCCGUCUUCACCAUCUGCUGCCUUUGGCAUCACAUCCUCUAGCGCGUCACUUACCAGCUCCUUGACUUCUUCACGAAGGUCACCUUCUACCACAUCCUCUCUGACACUGCCAUCCCCGGUAGGAGGAACAUCGUCAGGACUUGGAGCUGUUGCGGGGAGUUCAACAACCGCACCCUCCUUAACAAAAUCCAGUCAUGACUCCGAUCUCCCCAUUAUCCUAGGCUGUGUCCUGGGAGCUCUCGCACUCGGGUUCUUGGUAUUAGCCUUGGUCAUUUGCUCCAAACGUCGCCGACUCAGCUCUUCCCCUCGCCAUUCUGCUCUCUCCCCAGGCGACGAUGAAGUCGAGAGCUGGAGAGUGAACCGGCCAUCAAGUACAGGCGCAAGUCAAGGCUCGCUAUAUCGUGACCUGGUACCUACCGGAGCUGCACCUCUCAUGUCCGAACAUUCAGCCUUUCGCAGUCCUCAAGAAUACGAGAAUCCAUUUGUCCCUGUGCCUCCGCCACCGAGACGGACAGCUCCCAAUUCUCGACCUGGUUUGACUGACGGCAUGGUCCCUGGGGAUGACCCGUUUGUGAAAGAGAUUGGUAAACCCUCCCGAUCUUACAGCGUUUCGUCAACCGAUAGCAUGCAUCACACGGGCGGAAUUGCAGCAGGGAUUGCAGCGGCAGCAGCUGGAACUGACCUUAUGCAUCACUAUGAUGAACAUCAAGACGAGAACCCGCCAGUAGUCAAUGCACCGCCAGCGAACAUCCGAACUGUCCGAGCACAAAUCAACCGGAAACCCGUGCCCGUCAACUGCACCGACAAUAGCCAACCGUGGCCCUACUCUCCCGUCUCUCCUAUUGACGACGUCGCCGAGACGGCGGCUCUGACAAAAAUCCCUACGAGAAGCAGUGGCGAGAGUGGGCGACGCUCCAGCCGUGACUCCGCGAGAGCCAACGCAGUAUUCGACCAAGAGGAUGCUCGUCACAGCGACGGGGUUUUAGGGCACGAUGAUCACGGGCUUGAAGCGGCCAGAGCAGGACUCGAUGCAGGACUCGUUGGGGUUGCAGCUCUAGGAUGCCGUGACACCCAAGACCGCCACAGCUCGCGAAGUCGAAGCAACAGCAGCAACCGUCGCAGUCGAACGCCACAGGCCAUGCCCAGCGAGAGAUUCGACUCCGGCCGGAUGACGACCAGGGACUACAGUCCACCCUACAGAGAUGCCGUCCCACAACACCCAUAUGACGCCGGACCUAGCGGAGAACAGGACCUGUAUGGAGUUCCUUCGACACCACUUCCCCCUCCUCGCUCUCGGCGCAACAGCGCUCUUGGGCCUGCUCUCCCUGCUGCGGCUGUAUUCACGUACGCAAACCGGCCUACCGUUCCAUCUCCGCUGUCAAGCGAAAUCCGUCGCGAUCCGAGCUAUUCGCCUUCGCAAAGCCGGCCGCGGGGUCUGAGCAGGGGUGCCGCCGCACUGUUCUCGUUCUCUUACGAUCCUCGAGACGACGACUUCGGCGCCUAUCCCCCCUUCCCCAUGACGUCCAGCGCCAAUAGUCACUGCAGGAGAGGCAGAGACGAGAUGGUCUCCACGGAGCAGCAGAGAACCAGCAACGGCCCCACCGUGCCCGACAAAGCAAUGGCUAGCGACAAAGGCUAUCCUCCUCACCUCGACCUGCCGCUCGGCAAGGGAAGCGACGAGUCCUACAACCUCGCAGCCACCACAGGUCCGUUGGGACCGCAGCCCCAGCUUCAGAGCCAGCUUGCAUCCUUGCUCCCCGGGUCCGGGGAGGAAAAGAACGCGAUUGAAAGCCCUAGCCAUGACUCAGCAUGGCGCAGGCGCAGACAGCAGCAGGGAGUACACGAGCAAUUGCGAUUCAGGGGUGAGCAUGGGGAUGGGCGGUGGGAGGAGAGCGUGGAGAUUACGCGCGAGUGA